AUGAGUGCCCAGACUUCCCCAGCAGAGAAGGGCCUGAACCCAGGGCUGCUGUGCCAGGAAAGUUACACCUGCAGCGGCACUGAUGAAGCUGUCUUCGAGUGUGAUGAGUGUUGCAGCCUGCAGUGUCUCCGUUGUGAGGAGGAACUCCAUCGGCAGGAGCGCCUGAGAAACCAUGAGCGGAUCAGACUCAAAGCUGGCCAUGUCCCUUACUGUGACCCCUGCAAGGGCCCCAAUGGGCACUCUCCAGGUGUGAAGCAGAGGGCAGUGGUGAGGUGCCAGACCUGUAAAAUCAACUUGUGCCUGGAGUGCCAGAAGAGGACUCAUUCUGGGGGUAACAAAAGGAGGCACCCCGUUACUGUGUACCAUGUCACUAAGGUCCAGGAGUUGCUGGAAGAAGAAGGGAUAGAUGAGGAGACCAAGAGGAAGAAGAUGACUGAGAAGGUUGUGAGUUUCCUCCUGGUAGAUGAAAAUGAAGAAAUUCAGGUAACGAAUGAAGAGGACUUCAUUAGGAAAUUGGACUGCAAACCUGAUCAGCAUCUGAAAGUGGUUUCCAUUUUUGGAAAUACUGGGGAUGGGAAGUCUCAUACCCUCAACCACACUUUCUUCUAUGGCCGAGAAGUCUUCAAAACCUCCCCUGCCCAGGAGUCCUGCACUGUGGGAGUGUGGGCAGCAUAUGACCCAGUCCACAAAGUAGCCGUGAUAGACACGGAAGGGCUCUUGGGGGCUACAGUGAAUCUAAGUCAGAGAACACGGCUGCUGCUUAAGGUCCUGGCCAUCUCGGACCUCGUCAUCUAUCGAACUCAUGCAGACCGACUGCACAAUGACCUCUUCAAGUUCCUUGGGGAUGCCUCAGAAGCUUAUUUGAAACAUUUCACUAAGGAGCUCAAGGCUACCACUGCCCGCUGUGGCCUGGAUGUCCCCUUGUCCACCCUGGGCCCUGCUGUUAUCAUUUUCCAUGAGACGGUGCACACCCAGCUGCUGGGCUCUGAUCACCCCUCUGAGGUGCCGGAGAAGCUCAUCCAGGACCGGUUCCGGAAGCUGGGCCGCUUCCCGGAAGCCUUCAGUUCCAUUCACUACAAGGGGACGAGGACCUACAACCCUCCCACUGACUUUUCUGGGCUUCGGCGUGCUCUGGAGCAGCAACUGGAGAACAAUACCACCCGUUCUCCCCGGCACCCGGGCGUCAUCUUCAAAGCCCUGAAGGCUCUGAGUGACCGCUUCAGUGGUGAGAUCCCCGAUGAUCAGAUGGCGCACAGCUCCUUUUUUCCAGACGAGUACUUCACCUGCUCCUCCCUGUGUCUCAGCUGCGGGGCUGGAUGUAAGAACAGCAUGAAUCAUGGGAAAGAAGGGGUACCUCAUGAAGCCAAGAGCCGCUGCAGAUAUUCCCACCAGUAUGACAACCGGGUUUUCACCUGCAAGGCUUGCUACGAGAGAGGCAAUGAAGUCAGCGUGGUGCCCAAGACGGCUGCUUCCACUGACUCCCCCUGGAUGGGUCUUGCAAAAUAUGCCUGGUCUGGGUACGUGAUCGAGUGUCCCAACUGCGGCGUGGUCUAUCGUAGCCGGCAGUACUGGUUUGGAAACCAAGAUCCUGUGGAUACGGUGGUGCGGACAGAGAUUGUGCACGUGUGGCCUGGAACGGAUGGGUUUCUGAAGGACAACAACAACGCUGCCCAGCGCCUCUUGGACGGGAUGAACUUCAUGGCUCAGUCAGUGUCUGAGCUUAGCCUUGGGCCCACCAAGGCUGUGACGUCCUGGCUGACAGACCAGAUCGCACCUGCCUACUGGAGGCCCAACUCCCAGAUCCUGAGCUGCAACAAGUGUGCUACAUCCUUUAAAGAUAACGACACCAAGCAUCACUGCCGGGCCUGUGGGGAGGGCUUCUGUGACAGCUGUUCAUCCAAGACCCGGCCGGUGCCCGAGCGGGGCUGGGGCCCUGCGCCCGUGCGGGUGUGUGACAACUGCUAUGAAGCCAGGAAUUCCCAGUUAGAUAUCACUGAGGCACAGGGGGACGAUGAAGGCGGGACGCUGAUCGCUCGGAAGGUGGGCGAGGCCGUGCAGAACACUUUAGGAGCCGUGGUGACCGCCAUUGACAUACCACUAGGUCUGGUGAAGGAUGCAGCCAGGCCAGCGUACUGGGUCCCGGACCACGAGAUCCUGCACUGCCAUAGCUGCCGGAAGGAGUUCAGCGUCAAGCUCUCAAAGCACCACUGCCGGGCAUGCGGACAGGGCUUCUGUGACGAGUGUUCCCACGACCGCCGGGCUGUCCCCUCGCGAGGCUGGGACCAUCCUGUCCGAGUCUGCUUUAACUGCAAUAAAAAGCCCGGUGACCUUUAA